UUUUCGCGCUUGCCGUUCUCGGGUUCUGAUGAAUGAUAGAAUACAAGUCACUGAACCAAACCUCUUGCAAUAUUUGCAUAACAACACUAGUAUAAAUUUACUCAGUUUUUAUAGUGCAACGCAACUUUAAUGAGAAUGAAGUGAGAAACUACAAUAGCACAGUCGGUUACACUUACCGUACUCUUAAACUUAACUUAACACAAGGCCAAGUAAGAAAUUAUGCGACUUUUCAGUACACACUCUGCUCAUAAGGAAAAUGGCUGGAGAAAUAAAUAUGACAUGUGCGUGCGUGAUGCACUUUCCAGUGAUCUCCCAGCUCGUAUCUCGAUUCUUCCUUCAAUUCUGGGCAAGCAAGUGACUCUCGAGAGUUCUGUUGCAGGAUCGAUUUUGAUUGGUUUAAAAAAAAACAAUAAAAGUGACCAGAAUAAGACAACGGGAACCUGAUUGAGGCACAUGAUUUUAGCUAGGAAUGCGCGUUUCAACCAGAAGCGGGAUAUUUUCAGAUUUCUAAUAAGUGCUUUUCAGGGUCGCUCGAUUCUCGAGUGCUAGUUAAGGGGAACUAAUAAUCUGGGUUCCAGGUUGAAAUGACCCUUUGUUAAAGAACGUCACUUGUUUACGUUUCAUUUCUUUGUAGCCGAGAUUAUUUACAGAUUACCAAUGAGAAGAAUCGAGUGUUUGGCAAGUACUGUGGUCACAUGACUGAAAAGACAGUUCUUGUAUCUGGAAAAUACGCGUUGAUAAAAUUCCACUCAGACAGCAAUAUUCAAAACAGAGGAUUUCUGAUGGAGUUCUCAGCUGUUGUGCCACCCUCUGUUCCAGAACCUGUUGCCUUCUACCCCUUGAAUGCUCGCUAUAAAGCCACAGAAAAAGAGAACAGGCAACUAAAGGGAACCCUGGGAGAUGUUGCGAUUACAAAUGGACCCUACAACGAACCAGGCGGAGCGUACAUGUUUUAUGGCACUGCAAGUAGCUACAUCGAGUUUCCGAAUAAAGGGGGCCUGGACACUCGGUUCUCAAUCACACUGAUGUGCUGGGUUCAACCCGUAGGCCAAGAUGGACCACUAUUCAGCUACGGAGUUUCUGGUCUCACUGUCUGUAUCAAGAUUAAGCAUGGCAAAUUCCAUAAUCGAAUCGUCAAACACAGUUCUUUUCAAAAACUAACUACCAUCACAACUGAGGUACUUCCAGCAGGAAAGUGGGUUCAUGUUGCAGCAAGUUACGAUCACAACAGCGGCAAUAACUCGCUGUAUAUCAACGGACAUUUGAGAGCCUCGCAAAACAUUGGCACGGGUUAUGAGAUUGCAACCGCUUUCCAGAGAGUUCGAGUGGGGGUUAAAUUUGGCAUUUCAUAUUUCAAAGGGAAAAUUGCGGAAAUGAAGGUUUACGACGUCGCACUAAACGAGGCACAGAUACAAACAUCGAUAAUACAAGCUCCACCAACGAUAACAUUCCCAGCUGCUCUGUUAGCAGUACAAGGAGGCAUGCUGUCAUGUUCAGCCAGAGGAACUCUUCCCAUAUACACAGCACUGAUAUGGAACUCUACAGUACUGGUGAAUACAACAAACACUGCAACCAUCCGUCUGGACAAGGAUGGAAACUACACCUGCCAGGCCGUCAACCAGUAUGGAACUAACGUGACAGAACUCCACGUCAAUUUCACAAAAUAUGGCCCAGAGAUCGGCUUUCUGACCAGUGAAGGAUAUCCUUCCAGCUAUCCAAGGAAGACGGACAAUAUAUCACCUGCAUAUCCUAUUCCAGAAGGCUGGUCGAUGAACAUUUACUUUCAGGAUUUUGAUGUGGAAGAAAGUAAACAUUGCCUCAAAGACUUUUUGAGAAUUACCGACAGGAUGGGCAAAAGACUUGAUUAUUGUGGAAACAAGACCGGUCAAAAUCUUCUUGUGACUGAAGACAAAGUGGAAAUAAUAUUUCACUCAGACGGAGAGAUCGAGCGAAGAGGAUAUCUGCUAAAUUUCACUCUGGUUUCAUUGCCCUCGGUUUCAAACGGUAAGUGGGACCAUAAAGAAGCUGAUAAAACUUGAAGAAUACACCAGGUUUAUCUCCCACUUAAAUAAUUUCUAACAUUUCAUUUAGAGUUGACAGUUAUUUUAUGAUAAUACAUUGUUCGUGGCUAGUCUUUCGCCACUCGUUUCGUCCCGGCCAAGGAACUCAUCAGAGACCUUUCUGCCUGGCAAAUUCCUCGCUCAAAUUCCCGUUUGCUAACAAAAUGAUAACAGAAAUCUCGCCUUAUAUCGCAUAAGCUUCUCUGACCGCAUUUCAUUUCCACAAGAAAAACUGGAACACGAGUUUUCUGCAAAACUAAGAGCAAUAGCGUGGUAAGAGACGAUGUCUCUUGAGCGUGGUAAUUUUCAAUACGCCGAAACAGAGCAGUUUUGUCAUCGAUUGCUAUAAUGAACGUAAACAUUGACAUGAGCAUUUGGCGUCUUUAGCCGCAAAUUCGCGGAUUCUCUUAUGACCGGGCUUUUGGGCUUUUUAAGGUCUUCUAUAGUGACUGGAAACCAAAUGAAAAUGUUGUUUAAAUCAGACGACUAAGUUGAACAAAGAGGACAUCGGUUAGUCUUCACUCUGAGCUGGUUUCACCAGCCUCGGUUUCACCGCCCUUGGUUUCACACGGUACUCGGGUGGGACA